AUGAGUAAACUCUCCUGUGAAGAAGGACACAGUGGUCCGACCUAUGAGUCCAUGCAGGAUGUUUUUGACCUGAAACCCUUCAGACCAGCAGUGAAUCUCAGCAAUCCCACCAUAGCUAACAUCUCCUUCACCUUGUACGCUGUCCUCGGCGUGAAUGAAAAAACUCAAAUACUUACUACCUUCUUGUGGCUGAGACUGUAUUGGCACCAUGAGUUUCUGGUUUGGGAACCUGAUGAGUGUGAUGGCGUCACCAGGAUUUCCCUCCCUGUGAAGCAGCUCUGGUCUCCAGACAUCAUUGUGUAUGAGUUUGUGGAUGAUGAUGUUUCCCAAGCAUGCCCUUACGUCUACGUGAAUCACACAGGUCAUAUCCGCUGGGACAGGAUGCUUCGACUCGUCUCGGCGUGCAACCUGGAGAUCUUCAGUUUUCCUUUUGAUGUGCAGAACUGCACAUUUACAUUUGGCUCCUACAUGCACACCAUAAGGGAUGUGAGAGUGAGUCCAGCUCUGACAUUUACCGAGAUGUCUAGAAAUUCAAAGCGUUACCUGGAGGCCAGUGGAGAGUGGGAGCUGGUGGACAUACUGGGGGAGAGUUCCAUCCUCAAGUUUGGGAUUGAUGAGUGGGACAUCAUCACCUUUUGGGUGGUUAUAAAACGACGCCCAGUGCUGUAUGUGGUCAACCUGCUGAUCCCCAGCUCCUUCCUCAUGCUCAUCGACAUCCUCUCCUUCUACCUACCCCCACACAGCGUGGACCGCGCCUCCUUCAAGAUGACCCUCAUCCUGGGUUACACCGUCUUCCUGCUCAUUAUGAACGAUCUGCUGCCCAGCACAGCAAAUGGCACGCCCAUUAUAGGAAUAUAUUUCUCAGUGUGUCUGGCCCUGAUGGUCAUCAGUCUACUGGAGACGGUCAUCAUCACCAAUGUCCUCCAUCACAACUCUAUGAAGUAUCGGGAGGUUCCAAACUGGGUGAGGGUGGUUGUCCUCAAACACAUCGCUAACCUCAUUUGCUAUCGUUGGCCAGAAGACGCCCACCCCCCGGCUACGCCACAGAAAGAUAAUCCUGACGGCUCAAGCAGCAGCACUUCGGGGCCUUGGAUCAUCCAGCCAGCCAAUCAGACACCUGUACAGCAUCCAACCAGCAACGGAGGUACAGCUGCUCUACCUGAACUGCAGCAGAUCUGCCAGUACCUGGGUGACCUCCGAGCUCACCUGACCUCACUGCAGAAGGAGAGUGAGCUGCAGGACCAGUGGUGCCACGUGGGUUAUGUCCUUGACUUCCUGCUCUUCCGCAUCUAUCUUCUCCUCAUCUCCUGCUACGCCCUAGUGAUCAUCUCCAUGUGGUGUAUCUGGAUCAGUCAGUAG